UGUUCACUUACUAACUUAGCUCAGACGGUUUCUGGUGAGCCUACAAUUAAUUUUUCCACUAUUGCACCUAAUGCUACAACUGCAAGUCGGGUCCAGGUGCACAGCUGUAGCUACAGUAGCUUACCAGGAGACCUGUAAAGUGACCACAGGCAGAGUCAACUAACCUGAAACCAACUUCACGAAGAGGUUCGUCAUGUCUGAAGUAAGCGACCAGCUGCCUACAGAGCCAAUCUCUGCAGUCGGAGUAAUCGCUUCACUCGGCAAGGCUCCCGAUGACUACUAUGUUGUUGCACAAACAACAGAUGGCUUUGACGCCGACCUGUGGAAGGACGGCUUAUUCAAAUCCAAGGUCACCCGCUACCUCUGUUUCACCAGAAAACCUGGGCCCGACGUUGUUGUGGAUGUGAAGCUGACUGACAUUAAGGACACGUUGCCAGAGGGCUUCACACCUGUGCAAGAAACAAUGGACACAAAGGAAACUGCAAUGAGGAAGAGAAGACUCUGUGUGAAAAUCAUCCCUCGUGCUGCUGCACAGACGGCUGUGUUUGACAUCCAGAUCAUAGCGAAGUCCAAGUAUCAUCUUGUUAACUACACCUGUAUAGGUGAGAUGAACAACAUGGGGGUGUGGUAUCGCACAGGAGAUGUUCAUAAGUGUCAGUCAUCUCAGGAAGAGUCCAGCCAAACUACCACUGACGCCCCAUCCUACACAGCAAGCCAGAAGACCACGAGCAGGCCGGAUUCUGUGUACCAGAGCAGUGGGAUCUAUACCAUGACAGCCCUUCAUGAUGUGCCCUUUAUGAUCUCUGAGAAGUUCCAUGAAAAACCCCCAGAGAUGCAGCAAGUCAAUUUAAUGGGCAUUACGAUCAAAUCCCUGGCAGAGAUCGAGGAGGAAUUUCAAUACAACUUCAGCACAGAGCGAAGCAUUGCUGUGUAACUUCCCUCCCAGCUGCCACAAGUUGACGGACCUGAAAGGAAAAAAACACUGCUGAUGGACAGAAGAAACUUAAUAAUGGACUAAUGACAUUAACAGCAGCUGUAUAUUAUUUUAAACCAGAAGAAAUGAUUUUACAUAUAAAUUGUGUGUUAAUGAUUCAAUACUUUUUGUUUUAAGAAAUGUAAUUACUUUUUUAUCCUGGAAGUGACUUUUUUAAAUGUGGGUUUGCUCCUAUCUUGCUUACGCCCAAAAUAAAUCUAAUUACUAACUUAAAACAGAUAAACUCAGAGUUAUGUUCACAGUGAUUCUCAUUUAGCUCCUCUGUGAGUAGCAGUCGGGGACAACAGGGAACACGGAGGCAGCCUCAUCACACACAAACAGGCCUGUGAUGUGCGUUUUCCAGCAGAAGCAUCUUUCCAUCACAAAGUUCUUCAUGAGCAGCGUGCAGCAUGAACAGGCAGAGCUCUGAGACUCGGGAGCCUUUACCCCAGACGCCCACCCACAUCAGAAGUGACUCCUCUACUGAGUCAGGUCUUAAAUAACAGAAUUUAACUAGAAGAAAGUUUCAGCCUUGAUAUAUGUUACUUUUCUUACAGCCCUGUGCAAAGUGAGUUUGGUUUAUUUUUUUGUGUGGAGGGGUGUAUAGUUUAUGGAGCAUAACUCACUGGGAAAUUGCCUCUAUAAUAUGCCUUUCAUUAUAAUGUAAAGGUUUUUUCAAACUGUAUGAGUCUUUAUAUUCACUCUCCUAAUCAGUUUCCAGUUAGAAGUUGUUGUUGCAUCAUAGGUUGAAUGAACUCUGUAUUUUUAUAUUCAGUAAACAUAAUUCUGAAUUUCCAAAGAACAAUAAAAAGUGCUUUUUUUCCCUUUAA